AUGUCUGCUUCUCCACCCACGUCGUCGCCUUCGUCGUCGGCCGCCGGCGUCCCUCGGCUGAGUGCUGCCCCGUCGUCAAGCUACAGCCACGGAGAUUGCACCGCCUGUCACUCCCUUGAUCGAUCUAUACCGACCGCGGCUCCAUACUCCGGUUCGCAGCCAUUUCUAUCGGAACGCGCGCGCAUUAUCCAGGCUGCUCAAGUCACCGCGGCCCUCAAGCACGAGGUGCUGGAUCUCCGGGGCCGUCUUGACGUCGCCCAGGAUCUUCUUGAAGCAUCUGGUCGCCACACUGCAAGUCUUCAUCGAUCCAUCCAUGAUCGCGAUCUGGAGGUUCAACGCGUGCGCAACGAAGCCGACGGUCGUCUCCGAGAUCUCCAGCAGGCCCUGAACACGGAAGUAGAACGCCGUCAGCAAGCCGAAGCUGCUGAACAACAAGUACGCGCAGAUCUCGCACGGGUCGCCGCUCGCUCAGCUGAUGCCGAUGAAGUCACUCCGUCCGCUGCAGCAUCGCCCUCUAACGUCGUCCCCAGUCAGUUGGAGAUCGCCCUCGGAGAUCUGGAUGAUCGAGCCGGCAGAUAUCAAGGCUACCUGGACCCCUCAUCGGUGACCCCAGGUGGCCGACUGUUGGCUGCCAGCGAAGCUGCCACUGAUGAUGAUCGGACUAGUGACGGACGCGCGGGACGUGCCCUGCAACGAUCCAAUGCCGAACGAGACAGAUCUCGCAAUCAAUUGCGCCAAGCGGAGGCGACAAUCGACAGGUUGCAGACCGAGUUGGCGCAAUCGCGCACGCUGGUCAACAAAGCAGCGCCACGGAUGGACGCCCUUCGCUUGGAUGCGUCCAAAGCUCGUGAGGACGCAGAAGCAGCACGCCGAGAAGCGGCGGCGGCGUCGAAGAAGGCGCAAGGCGGUGCGACAGCGUUAUCAGAUCUCGCACAGCGGCAUAAGGUGGCUGGGAAGCGACUGGUGGAGUUGGAGAGGAAGAUCACUCGGCUGACUCAGCAUAACACCGUUCUACGGCGUGAGAACGUCGUAGUUUGGAGCAUCGUCAGGCUGAUCUCGCAACAGCUCAGGAUCGCGCAGUGGCUGCAGGUCAUGAUCGCGCGUGCUAAUGUGGCGGAACGAGAGCGAGCGGAGGCCUCCAUCGCUCGCGACGACUUGCAGGCGGAGCUGGAUGCGAGUCGACAGUCGCUGCUGAAGGAGCAGGCUUCUUCUGCUGAUCUCCGCAGCAAACUAGCGGAGCGUGAGGAACACCUUGGAGCGUUGCGCAACUUGAUCAAUCUGGUACCUGCGCCGACUCCGCAACCUGAGGUGGAACGAUGCGUGGCGUCGGCCUCUUCCAGUUCGUCUCUUGCCGCACUGGCGUCAACGGCCACGAGCCUUGUCUCCUCUGAUCCUCCAGCGCGAACAUCUUCGCAGCAGCUCCCGUCUGGCUCGGCAAAGCGAAGUGGAGAUAUCUCUUCUGAUCCAACGUCACAGUCGAAGCGCGCAAAGCGCGCCGUUGCGACUACCGAGGGAGCGCCAGCUGAGUUGUCUUCCUCUACGGCGAUGGCCCGAAGCCCAUUCACGCACGCAAUUCCACCUGAGUCCAGCGAAGCUGCGCGCCCUGCCGAUGUCACGCCGUGGCUGUGGGAGAAGGGGGAGCUGGCCGUUCCUGCUGACUAUCGGCCCUGGCCACAAGUCUCGGUCGAAGCUUUAUGCAAAGCGAGUCCCUGGAAGAUCUUCCUGGAUAACAUGCCCGACCCAGUCUCGUUCGACAUUGGAGAUCCCCGCUUCCAACCUCUUCUGGCCAUCAUCCGCGAUGUGCUGGCUCGGAACGAUAAUCGUGGCGCGCUUGUGUUCUGGGAGAUCACCCACUCCAUUGAGAUUUCCAUUUCCAAGGCCAGCGCUGAGUUUUGGGAGGUGAAGUUCACUUCGGAUCGUAAGAAUCGGAGAUCCCACUUUGUGAAGAUGCUGCUGCCUGUGUUCGAAGAGGUGGCCCGCCUGUGCAAGGCUCAUGUGUGCGACUUGGACAUUCUUCUGGAGCCAUUCUUCCUGCCGCUGAUCGAAACGUGCCCGUGGUUCCCUAAGGGAGCUUCUGGUGCCUCUGGAGAUCUGUUACACGUCUUACGAACGACUGACGAUGCGGAGCCGUGGCGCCUGUUCUACUGGAACGCUCGUGCCAAACACCCAUCGAUGAACGAACCCAUCCACACGCGCCUUCGAGGCAAGUUCAAGGCGACCUCGUCAAUCGCCUAG